CCGCCGUCGCGUUGCCAUGACAACCAUGCUAUUGGCCCACUCUUCCUGGUCCUGGGCCCUCAGUUCCCUGCGUCGGCGCGGGUGGAUCUCCCGGGCCCCGACAUCUUCUUGGGUCACUUUCAGGCUUCACUCUAGACGCCUGACUCCUCUUUUCCCCCCCACGCUACCCGGGCCGUGCCAGGCCGGUCUACAUUUCCCAGGAGUCUUGGCGGCUAGGCGAGGCGUCCGGCGCCUCACGGGGCGGUGCUGACUCCAUUUCCCAGGCAGCUUUGCGGCGGACGGGCUCGGAAGAUUACACUUCUCAGAAUCCUUUCGCGCGGUAGGGCUGCGGUCCCUCUCCCGGCGUCUCUGAGCCGUCGCGCGACUUCGACUCCCGCAGGCCUUUGCGACUAACCAGGGCGACUACGCUUCCCAGAGGCCUCUGCGGCGCUGUCACCGGAAGCGGCGGGCGAGUGGAGUGUCCUUGCGCGCGGAGCCGAGCGACCAUGGUGCCCCGAGUGUGGUCGCUGAUGAGGUUCCUCAUCAAGGGCAGUGUGGCCGGGGGUGCAGUCUACCUGGUGUAUGACCAGGAGUUGCUGGGGCCAAGCGACAAGAGCCAGGCUGUCCUUCAGAAGGCUGAGGAGGUAGUCCCCCCAGCCAUGUACCAGUUCGGCCAGUACGUGUGUGAGCAGACCGGUCUGAAGAUGCCCCAGCUCCCAGCCCCUCCAAAGUUUAACUUUCACAUCCGUGACACCUGGAAUUCAGGCAUCAUUAUGGUGAUGUCGGCCCUGUCGGUGGCCCCUUCCAAGGCCCACGAGUACUCCAGGGACGGCUGGGCGUACCUGAAGGAGCGAACCAAGUAGCCUGUCAGAAGAGGCCACCUGCCCCGGUCAGGGCAGCUCCUGGCCUUGCCGGCCCAAUAAAAGACUUCGGAAGUGC